AUGGGCAUGGAAAAGGGAGCACAGGCCAAGUUCACAGCAGAGGGUUUUGCAUCCACAGUGUGGGACAGCUCCAUUGUGGUGGCCAAGUACUUUGAGCGGCAUGCUGCGCGCUAUAAAGGGCUGCGCUGCCUUGAUCUCAGCGCCGGCUGUGGGCUGGCCGGCAUUGUGCUGGGAAAGCUGGGCGCGCAUGUGACGGCCACGGAUCUUCCGGGGAACCUGCCGCUUCUGUCCGACAACUUCAAUAUCAACGGAGUGGCGGCCAGAGUGGUGCAGCACUGGUGGGGCAGCGAUGCUGCGUCCCUGUCUCCACCCUUUGAUCUUAUCAUCGCCUGUGGUGAGCCGCCCGAAAACUUUACGGACCUGCACUCCUGA